AUGCACUCCAUACUUAUCACAACACUCUUCUUGGUUGUUGCCCCCUUUUCCACGGCCGCUCCGGCUCCGUUAUCCCUGACUAGGAAAGACACUGCCCUCACCGAGGCGCAAAUCGUCCAAAUCGCACCUACUUCUGAAAAUUGCGAUAAUCCGCCCGCCAAAGGAGAAUGUGCCACGGCUCACACUGCUGCCAAGUUCGCGUCCCAGUCCUUUGAUCAGUACAAGGUCACCAAUAAAGCUGAGCAGGCUGCCGUGCUCGCUAUAAUGGCCUAUGAAAGCGGGGAUUUCAAGUACAACAAGAAUCACUAUCCCGGGAUACCUGGGCAGGGCACUCGUAAUAUGCAAUCUGCCGCUUUCAAUAAGAAAUAUAUCGCUUCUAUCCCUGCACUCCGCGAAAGCAGUGCCCGCGUUGCAGACGAUGCCGCAGCCUUGUUGGAACUUCUGCUUGAGAAUGAGACUUAUGACUUUGGUUCUGGGGCUUGGUUUCUUACGACUCAGUGUACUGAUGAGGUGCGCAAGGCUCUGCAGAGUGGCUCUGAGGCUGGCUGGCAGAGUUAUAUCACCCAAUGUGUCGGGACCUCAGCUAGUGGCGACCGCAAGGCCUAUUGGGACCGGGCUGUCAAAGCUCUUGGCGCGUAG